AUGGGCGACAAGCGGAAGCUCCAGUCGGAGAUUGACCGCACCCUCAAGAAGAUCGACGAGGGCUUGGACGUCUACGACCGCAUCUACCAGAAGGUGGUCGACGCCGAGAGCCAGAGCAACAAGGAGAAGUAUGAGGGCGACCUCAAGAAGGAGAUCAAGAAGCUCCAGCGCUACCGCGAUCAGGUCAAGCAGUGGGCGAGCAGCAACGACGUCCGUGACAAGACGCCGCUGCUCGAGGCGCGCAAGCUGAUCGAGGGGAAGAUGGAAUCGUUCAAGAUCAUCGAGAAGGAGACGAAGACGAAAGCCUUCUCCAAGCAGGGGCUGGAGGCGGCGAGGGAGAGGAAGGACCCGCGGGAACAGGCGAGGGACGAGGCGAGGGAGUGGCUGAACAACUCGGUGGACGAGCUGCAGACGCAGAUUGAGGCGUUUGAAGCCGAGAUCGAGUCCCUCGCCGAGACGAAAAAGUCCAAGAGCAAAUCGUCCAGCCGGCCGCCCCGGCUCGGGCACCUCGAGGAGUCCAUGUCCCGCCACCACCAACACAUCCAGCGCAUGGAGCUAGUGCUCCGCCUGGUGGACAACGAGGCGUUGCAGCCCGAGGACGUCGCCGACCUGAAGGACCUCGUGGAGGAUUACAUCGAUCGCAACCAGGACGAUUUCGAGGAGUUUGGAGACGUCGAGGACAUGUACGCGGACCUGGAGCUGGACGACCUCGCCGAGGCUGUCGCGAGCGGCGAGGUAUCGCACGACGUGGGCAAGCCCGCGGUGCUGCAGAAGCUGGAGUCCGAGGAGGGCGCCAACAACAAAGAGUCCGCGGAUUCGUCAAACGACGGGGCACCGUCGAAGGCGUUGGCGCGGGGCAACGCCAACUCGGACUCGUCCUCGUCCCUCGUAAGGCAGGAGGCGCUUCGCAAGGGGAAGGACGGGUCGGUUAACGACGUCGCCAAACCCGCGUCCCCGGCUCCUACGCUGGGCAGCGGCGGCAAGAAGAUACCCGCGCCACUCGGGCUGAGCAAGCCGCUCGCGUCCGGCGGCGAGGUCCCCGGGCCGAGCCCGGGGUUGCAGAGCGGCGGACCGGUCCCAGGGCCGAAGGGGCGGGAGGGCCAACUGGGCGGCAACGGCGGGAGCUGGGGCGCGCCGGGGGGCGGUAACGGCCAGCCCUUGAGCGGCCAGCCCGGGUCCGGGCCCGGGUUGCAGCAGCAGCAAUCGUGGGGUUUCGGCAGCGGCGGCGACCCGCCGGUGUUUGGGAACCAGUCGCCCAACCAACCGACGACGCAGGGAGGAACGUCAUCAGGCGCUGCAGGGGUUAAGUUUCCGCUGCCCAAGCCCGCGCCCGGAUCGCCCCUCCUCGGGGGUGCGCAGAACAACCAGGGCGGAUCGCCGGCGAAGAAUCUUCCCGCGCCCAAAUUCGGCGUCGACCCCUCCAAGGCUGGCGGGGUGAACGCCGCCGCGCAGGCGCAGGCGCAGGCGCAGGCGGCACAGCUGGCGGGUGAUCCCAAGCCCGCGGCUGACGAGGAUUCUCUCGCGCUCGACCUCCCCGGCGGCGUCGCGGAUCUCGCCGACGGGAGCAAGCACCCGCUGGCGGUGCGCCUCGGCGGCAUGGCGCACGAGGACCCGGGCGUCAACAUCCGGCUGCUCGAGAGCGCGUACCGCAACCUUCCGACGCCGGAGGACGGGACGUGGACGAGGCGGCGUGUGGAGCCACCCGCCAAGCCGCCGCCGCCGAGCUACCCGUCGUCGACGCCUCCGGUUUUGGAUAACCCCGCGCUCUUCGAGCGGCUCGACGCGGACGCUCUGUUUUUCGCCUUUUACCACCAGCAGGGCACGGCGCAGCAGUACCUCGCGGCGAGGGAGUUGAAACGCGCCAACUGGCGGUUUCAUAAGAAGUACGCCACGUGGUUCGCCAGGCAGGAGGAUCCGAAGGUGUCCACCGAGGAGUACGAGCAGGGGAGUUACAUCUACUUCGACUUUAACAUGAGCGCGGACGGGGGUUGGUGCCAGCGGUCGAAGGGGGAUUUUCUGUUCGAGUACUCGCAGCUCGAGAGCGAGAUGAACUGACGGAACGGCGGCGGGGGGGGAGUUUGUGCGCCGACGCGUGACUGGAUUGUAUGUAGCCCGUUUUCGUGAAUGGAGACUCCGGCUUUGCUUUUAC